CACAGCGACUGCAUCAAAGAGCAGCUUUAUAAAUAAAUUGUUAUUCUGUGGCCACUGAUCGGGUUCUGCUGGCUGACAACGAGACGCAGGCAGCCUAGAAGGCUCAUGGAUAGGAUGGGAUCAUCGUUCCUGUCCUUAAUUGGAAAAUACCCUAUUUGAUGUUGAAAACAAAGCACAGAGUGGAAACACCAGUCAGCUCCUAUGUUGGUGAAAGAAGAUGAAAGAGCAUGAUUUGGGAAAGGACUACCUGGUACCUGGGCCUGUGUACCGGGCCGUGCCGAGCAGAGACACUACUUUACCAGGCACAGAGGUCACCCCAUACCAGCUGGAGCUCGCCAAGAUCCAGGAUGCUUUGGAGACGGCAGCAAGGGCAGAGGGCGGUUUGUCCCUGGAGGGUGGCGCUCCCUACAUGAAAGAGCUGGAGGAGGAAGCAGUGCGGAGCAAAUACCUACACAGCGUCGGCGUCCUCAAACCUAUCCGCUCCACCAGCAAACACGAGCACCCAGUGGACAACGCGGGUCUCUUCUCCUUCAUGACCUUCAACUGGCUGACUCCGUUGGCCGUGCACGCCCACCGCAAAGGCCAGCUACUGCUGGAGGACGUGUGGUCCGUGUCCCAGUUUGAGAGCUGCGAGGUUAACCACCGCAGGUUGGCCGGGCUGUGGGAGGAGGAGCGCAGGGUGAAAGGGGACGAGGCCUCCCUGUGCGGUGUGGUCUGGGCCUUCUGUCGGACGCGCCUGCUUCUCUCCAUCCUCUGCCUCAUGGUCACCCAGCUAGCCGGCUUCAGUGGCCCAGCCUUUGUGGUGAAGCGGCUGUUGGAGUACACAGAGCAGGCGGAGCCCGACCUGCCCUACGGCCUGCUGCUGGUCGUGGGGCUGCUAUGCACCGAGCUGGUCCGCUCCUGGUCACUGGCGCUCACCUGGGCCCUCAACUACCGCACAGGCACCCGCCUGCGGGGAGCCAUCCUCACCAUGGCCUUCCACAAGAUCCUGCGGCUCCGCAGCAUCCGAGACAAAUCCAUGGGACAGUUGAUCAACAUGUGUUCUAAUGACGGCCAGCGGAUGUUUGAGGCGGCGGCUGUGGGUAGUCUGCUGGCAGGCGGGCCUCUUAUUGCUGUGCUGGGGAUGGGCUUCAACCUGGCUAUCCUGGGGCCCACCUCCUUACUGGGCUCUGCAGUCUUUAUCCUCUUCUACCCUGCUAUGAUGUUCAGUUCGAGGCUGACGGCCUACUUCAGGAGGAAGGGCGUGGCCGUGACGGACCGUCGGGUCCAGAAGAUGAACGAGAUACUUAACUACAUCAAAUUCAUCAAGAUGUAUGCCUGGGUCAAGGCCUUCUCCCAGGAUGUGCGCAGGAUUCGAGAGGAGGAGCGCAUCAUCCUAGAGAGGACUGGUUACUUCCAGAGCAUCACAGUGGGCGUGGCUCCCAUCGUCGUGGUGAUCGCCAGCGUUGCCACGUUCUCCACUCACAUGUUGCUGGGCUACGACCUCACCGCCGCUCAGGCAUUUACAGUGGUGACUGUUUUCAACGCCAUGACCUUUGCCUUGAAGGUCACCCCUUUCUCUGUCAAGUCCCUGUCAGAAGCAUCAGUAGCCAUGGAGAGGUUCAAGAGCCUGUUCCUGAUGGCGGAGGUGGAGAUGAUCCGGGACAAGCCCCUGAACCCCCAGGUUGCCGUGGAGAUGAUGGGCGCCAGCUUAGCUUGGGAGACGGCGGGUCACAGUGCCCAGCCCACGCCCCGCGGCACCCCUUCGGUUGGCUCCACCCAGAGGCACGGGUGCCGGAGGCCCGCCCAGGAGGACGAGGCAGGGGAGCAGGCAGGACGUCUGCUGAAGGUGGGGGAGAUCCCUCCCAUCCCCUCCGUCAGCCAGCGGCUGCAGAGGACCCUGCACUGUGUGGACCUCACCGUUCGGCAGGGGAAGCUGACUGGGAUCUGUGGAAGCGUGGGCAGUGGGAAGACCUCUCUGAUCUCUGCCAUCCUUGGACAGAUGACCCUGCUGGAGGGCAAGGUGGCGGUGAACGGGGACUUUGCCUAUGUGGCCCAGCAGGCCUGGAUCCUCAAUGCCACGCUCAGGGACAACAUCCUCUUUGGGAAAGAGUAUGAGGAGGAAAGGUUCCAGGCUGUUCUGAGUGCAUGCUGUCUGAGACCUGACCUGGCUAUCCUGCCCAACGCCGAUCUGACUGAGAUCGGAGAGCGUGGCGCCAACCUUAGUGGUGGGCAACGCCAGCGGAUCAGCCUGGCGCGUGCCCUGUACAGUGACCGAGCCAUCUACAUCCUGGACGACCCGCUCAGUGCACUGGAUGCCCACGUGGGCAACCACAUCUUCAACAAUGCCAUCAAGAAGCAGCUCCGCCACAAGACCAUCGUCUUCGUCACUCACCAGCUGCAGUACCUGGUGGACUGCGAUGAUGUCAUCUUCAUGAGGGAGGGCAGCAUCACGGAGCAGGGCAGCCACGAGGACCUGAUGCGUCUCAAUAGAGACUACGCAGCCAUGUUCAACAACCUACAGCUGGGAGAGACGCCCUUCGUGGAGGUGCCAACUAACAAGUCUGGGAACUCCUUAAAGAUACCCCCAGAGAACACAAAGUCUGGAUCUGUAAAGAAGGACAAGCCUGUUAGCAAAGACAACGGCCAGCUGAUGCAGGUGGAGGAGCGUGGGCGGGGUUCAGUUCCCUGGUCUGUGUACGGCGUCUACAUCCAGGCCUCGGGUGGAGCGCUGGCUUUCCUCCUAAUCCUGGCCCUCUUCGUCCUCAACGUGGGCAGCACGGCCUUCAGCAACUGGUGGCUCAGCUACUGGAUCAAGCAGGGCAGCGGGAAUACCACAGUGUUGGUGGGGAACAGUUCGGUGGUGAGCGAAAGCAUGAGGGACAACCCCCUGAUGCAGCACUACGCUGGAGUCUACGCCUCGUCUAUGGGUGUCAUGCUGCUGCUCAAACUUCUGCGCGGCAUCAUAUUUGUCAAGGGCACUUUGCAAGCUUCGUCCAGGCUGCACGAGGAGCUCUUCAGGAAGAUUCUCCGCAGCCCCAUGAAGUUCUUUGACACUACGCCCACUGGACGGAUCCUCAACCGCUUCUCUAAAGACAUGGACGAGGUGGACACGCGGCUGCCGUUCCAGGCGGAGAUGUUCAUUCAGAACGUCAUCCUGGUCUUCUUCUGCCUGGGCGUGAUCGGCAGCAUCUUCCCCUGGUUCCUAGUGGCUGUGGGCCCCCUGGUGCUGCUCUUCACCGUGCUCCACAUGGUGUCGCGCGUGUUCAUCCGCGAGCUCAAGCGCCUGGAUAACGUCACCCAGUCGCCCUUUAUCUCGCACAUCACUUCCAGCAUCCAGGGCCUCUCCACCAUCCACGCCUACAACAGGGGCCACGAGUUCCUGGACAGGUAUCAGGAGCUCCUGGAUCAGAACCAGGCUCCCUUCUACCUGUUCAGCUGUGCCAUGCGCUGGCUGGCCGUGCGGCUGGACGUCAUCAGUGUGGCUCUGAUCAGCAUCACCGCGCUCAUGAUCGUCCUCAUGCAUGGCCAGAUCCCUCCGGCCUACGCUGGCCUGGCCAUCUCCUAUGCCGUGCAGCUCACAGGGCUGUUCCAGUUCACAGUCAGACUAGCCUCUGAAACUGAGGCUCGCUUCACUUCUGUGGAGAGGAUUCACCACUACAUUGAGUCUCUAGCGCUGGAGGCCCCGGCCCGCAUCAAGAACAAGGCGCCCCCGCCAGACUGGCCCCAGGAGGGCGAGGUGGUGUUUGACAGGACGGAGAUGAGGUACAGAGACAACUUGCCGCUUGUUCUCAAGAAGGUGUCCUGCACCAUCCGUCCCAAGGAGAAGAUUGGCAUAGUGGGCCGGACGGGCUCAGGGAAGUCUUCUCUGGGCGUAGCUCUGUUCCGUCUGGUGGAGCCCUGUGGCGGCUCCAUCAAGAUGGACGGCAUCAACAUCUGUGACAUCGGCCUGGCCGACCUCCGCAGCAAGCUGUCCAUUAUCCCUCAGGAGCCUGUGCUGUUUAGCGGCACAGUCAGGUCAAACCUGGACCCCUUUAAACAAUACGCAGAGGAGCUGAUCUGGGACGCUCUGGAGCGGACACACAUGAAGGAGUGUGUGUCUCAGCUGCCCCUGAAGCUGGAGUCAGAGGUGGUGGAGAACGGAGAGAACUUCUCCAUGGGAGAGAGACAGCUGCUCUGUGUUGCUAGAGUCCUGCUCAGACAGUGCAAGGUCUUGAUCUUGGACGAGGCAACGGCAGCGAUGGACUCGGAGACGGAUUCUCUGAUCCAGGAGACAAUCCGCAAUGCCUUUCAGGACUGCACCACCCUGACCAUAGCCCACCGGCUGCACACCGUACUCAACUGUGACCGCAUCAUGGUGCUCAACCAGGGACAGGUGGUGGAGUUUGACGAGCCGUCCAACCUGCUGGCCAAUGAGAACUCUCGAUUCUGUUCCAUGCUGGCUGCCGUGGAGAACAAGAUCUCUGUGAAAGGCUAAAAUGGGUACAGGAGGCACAGAUGUGCCCUGGAGACGAGGAGAGGGGAGGACGCUCCCAAAGAGGUCCAGCCAUCUGACCUCUUCCUCUGCAUACCCACCCUGAGCUUACCGCUCAGCCUGUGGAGGAAUGCAGCAUCAGACCAUGGAAUUAGAAUUCUACGGUUGCAUCAGGUCCUUGGUAUAAGGCAAGGGCUGCCCUGAGGAGAUGCUUGCUCAGAAGCCAUUUCAGCUGGAAUGGUCAGGGAACCACUGAUACUGUACUGUCUUUAGUAAUAUAUAAGAAAUAAAGCUUUACAUGUAGCUAUAUUCAUAGCAUAACUGGUCUGUUUUAUAGGAUAUAUCUAUAUAUACAUAUAUUUACAGUGGUAAAAUAUGCUUUAUUUUCUACUGACUCUAUGUACAACGUAGUUGUAUAAAAUGUAUUAUUGUAUAUUCACUCGUGUUUUACCAUCAUUGCUGUCUAACUUUGCUGUUUAUUUUUUUUUGCGGCUUGAAACAUCUGUAAUCCUUUCUCUUGUGACUUGAACCCACGAGCCCUUAAAACCUGGACCCUGGCACAAGUGGUGGAUCUGUGGGGCCUAGUGGGAUAUAAGACUCUAGGAGAGAAAUGGUGCUGCUUGUCCUCAGUGUUUUCACUGGGCAAUCAAAUGGACGUGCUUAAAGGUAGAGGGUAUCACCCCUUCUUAAAGGUAGAAAUAACCCUGCAUAAAGGUAGAGGGUAUCACCCCUUCUUAAAGGUAGAAAUAACCCUGCAUAAAGGUAGAGGGUAUCACCCCUUCUUAAAGGUAGAAAUACCCUGCUUAAAGGUAGAGGGUAUCACCCCUUCUUAAAGGUAGAAAUACCCUGCUUAAAGGUAGAGGGUAUCACCCCUUCUUAAAGGUAGAAAUACCCUGCUUAAAGGUAGAGGAUAUCACCCCUUCUUAAAGGUAGAAAUACCCUGCUUAAAGGUAGAGGGUAUCACCCCUUCUUAAAGGUAGAAAUACCCUGCUUAAAGGUAGAGGGUAUCACUCCUUCUUAAAGGUGGAGGGUAUCACCCCUUCUUAAAGGCCUUGUAUGUCUGCAGCCUAGUCCCUCUCUUAACUCUCUUUCUUCUGACUUGUUAUUAUCAUGAUUCUUUUGACUGCUGUUAACUUCAGUUUGUUGUUACUGUUUGUCACAGCCCUUUUGCACUGAUGGUGAAGCUACAGGGGGUCGCCAUCUGCUAUUGGGGAGGUCCUGCGACUGUUCUACAUUUAUUAUUAUUAUUAUUAUGGUGACAUAAAAGAUGCCUGUUGAGCACAAGGUCUUUGUGAUUUGAACAAGAUUUCAUUCUCUUUGCCCUGACCCAGUGAAUCUUUUAUGUGUGUUGUCAAUCUGCUCAUUGACACUGUUUGGACCAGAACCACACAGAUUAUAACACUCCUGCACUGGGUGUAGUAGGGAACCUCUAUCCUGUCUUUGCAGUAUUGAGGUGAUGCUCAUACUUUAACUACGAAUAACCUUGGCAAGCCUUGCAGAAUGUGUGUUGUUCUGUCAUUUCUAUUACUUUUUAUAGCCUUAGCAUGACUUCAUUAUUGCCUUGUUAACAGGGUAGGAUGAAGUGGAAAGGGAUCGCUUUGAAAUAUUCUGUCAAUAAAACUAUUUUAGGUUUA